AUGAUUGGAUCUGGGACCACAUUUUCAAAAGGUAUGGAAAGAUAUUAUAAAAGAAUUGAUCCAAAUUUAUCACAUCCUCCGGCACCGAAAGUAGAUAUUGAUUGCAGUACAAAAAGCCAUUGCAGUACAAAGAGACAUUGCAUCUCAAUUGAUAUGAGUGAUCUUCCUACUGAUCCUGGACUGCGGAUUCCAAUUUCAGAUUAUAGCCUGAAUAUUCAAGAUCAAAUUCGAAGACAUUAUUUGCAGCAAGGGCCUUGUCAACCAAAAAAUCAUAAAUUUCUUCCGAAACUUUUUGGAGGCGUGGAGCGUCGGUUCAACAUUGAAUGGUAUGAUCAAUUUCCUACUUGGUUAGAGUAUAGCAUCGAUAAAAAUUCCGCAUUUUGUCUAUAUUGUUAUCUUUUUAAGCAAAAUAAUGGAAAACAAGGUGGUGGUGAGAUAUUUGUUUGUAAGGGUUUUUCAAAUUGGAAGAAAACAGAAACAUUUGCAAAUCAUGUUGGAAAACAUGAUAGUUCUCAUUACGAAUGUCUUGCAUUUCGUGGUCAUGAUGAGUCUGAAGAUUCUAAUAAUCAAGGUAACUUUCUUGAACUUCUAAAUUUUUUGGCUGAUCAUAAUGAGGAAGUUAGAGCUGUUGCUUUGAAAAAUGCUCCUGAAAACCUUAGAUUGACUUCCCCAAGGAUUCAGAAAGACAUUGUAAAUGCAUGUGCUAUUGAAACAAUUGAUGUUAUUAUUAAAGACAUGGGAGAUGCUGUAUUUUCUAUUUUAGUUGAUGAAUCUCGUGAUGUAUCUAUAAAUGAGCAAAUGGUUGUAAUGUUUCGUUAUGUGGACAAGAGAGGGUAUGUGAUUGAACGAUUCAUAGGCAUUGAACAUGUUCCAAAUACAACAGCAAUCUCACUAAAAAUAGCAAUUGAUAAGCUAUUUUCAAAGCAUGGGUUGAGCAUAUCUAGACUACGAGGCCAGGGAUAUGAUGGAGCUAGUAACAUGAGUGGAGAAUUCAAUGGUUUGAAGAGUAUUAUCAUGAAGGAGAAUGAAUGUGCUUUUUUUGUUCACUGUUUUGCUCAUCAGCUUCAAUUAGCACUCAUGGGUGUAGCCAAAAAACAUGAUUUAAUAGGUACUUUUCUCACUGUGGUAUCCAAUGUGGUGAAUAUUGUUGGAGCAUCAUCUAAGCGUCGUGACAUUCUUCGAGAAAAACAAGCUCAGAAAGUCAUUGAAGCCUUAAAAAGUGGACAACUUUCAAGUGGAAAAGGCUUAAAUCAAGAAAAUGGGAUUAAGCGUCCAUGUGAUACACGAUGGGGAUCACACUUUGGCACUUUGGUAAGCUUCACUAUCAUGUUUUCAUCUAUCCUUGAUGUACUUGAGGAAAUUACAAAUGAUAGUUUGAAUAGUGACCAAAAAUAUGAAACAUCUAUUAUGUUACGAGUGGUGCAAUCAUAUGACUUUGUGUUUAGUUUGCAUUUGGUAAAAAAUAUACUUGGAAUCACAAAUGAGUUGUCGCAAGUCUUACAAAAAGGUGAUCAAGAUAUUGUGAAUGCCAUGGAUUUAGUUAAAGUAUGCAAGGAGCAAUUACAAAUAAUGAGAGAUAAUGGAUGGGAUUCCUUAGUAGAAGAAGUUUCUAAGUUUUGUGUGGAAUUCAAUAUCGAUGUUCUAAAUAUGGAUGGAAUGUAUUGUGUUCAAGGAAAAUCACGACGUAGAGCUCUGAAGCUUACAAAUUUUCACUAUUUUCGUAUUGAUUUUUUCAACAGUGUGAUAGAUUUACAACUACAAGAGCUAAAUAGUCGUUUUAAUGAGGCUAACACUGAGUUGCUACUUUGUGUAGCAUGUUUGUCUCCAAAUAAUUCUUUUGAUGCUUUUGACAAGGAAAAGCUAAUUCGUCUUGCUCAGCUCUAUCCUCAUGCUUUUUCUACAGUGGAUUUGAGGGUACUUGAAUUUCAACUUCAAACUUAUGUUGAUGAUUUGCGUUCACAUACUGAAUUUUCAGAAUUGAAAGGAAUUGCUGACCUUUCAAAAAGAUUAGUGGAGACAAAUAAACAUGAGGUAUAUCCAUUGGUAUAUUUUCUUAUUAAAUUGGCAUUAACACUCCCAGUUGCAACAGAUUCAGUAGAAAGGGCAUUUUCAGCUAUGAACAUUGUGAAAAAUCAAAUGCGCAACAAAAUGGGAGUGAAUGGUUGA